AUCUGACCCAGACUGUGGCACUACUCUCGUAAACGCCCGAAAAGUCAGAUCCUCUUUAAGCUUUUUAAACUUUCGUCUAAUAUGCCAAGAGAUACCUUUUGUGGCCCAUUUAGCUGAUAAGAUAUAUAAUUUACUCAAAGGAUAUGGGGUAAGUAAUUUUGUUAAAAUUAAUGAAAUAUACCUAUUUUUAAUAUUUAAAAUAUUUUGUGAGAUUUAAUUUAGGCUAGUGGAGGUUGGUCUAGUAUUCCGAUGGUUCUCAAACAUUUUUCGGUCUUCUCCCCCUUGGCACCAUCCCAUAUCAUAUAACUAUCCAUAAUGCCUCCUCUUUAUUUCUUAUUUAACCCCCCCCCCCCAUUUUUAAUUUUUACUUUUAAUUUGGAUAGUAUUACAACACAACUCCGUAAUCGUAACGAAGAUGUUUAAAUUUAAAGUUUUAAAUGUUAAAUUAUUUCAGUAAACUGUAGGCCCUAAAUGAACUUUUAAUUAGAAUUAAAAUAAAUAAAAUAUUAUUGAAUACUUUAGACUGUAGACUGUAUGGUUUGGAUUGGCCACUGCCAUUGGCUUAAACUUAAAAAAAGUGAUAAGAUUAAGAUUUGUUUAAUGUAAAUGUAUUGUUUUAGUUUUAGGUAACAAAACUCAAUACUUUCAUCAAAAUGGAUAAUAUUUCUUUCAUAUUCAUAUCUGUAAAGCUAGAAAGAGCUUUUGUAGUGCAUAAUAAAGACAUAAAUUCAUAAAGACAUCGUCUUAAGUCUUAAGCAGAAAGCAUGAUUUCUUAAUGCUUGUGGCUUGUGGGCUUGGCCUCAGCUUUGAAUUAGAUAUUUAUCAAAACAACCCAAGGCUAUUGUAACUGAAAAUUAUUUAUCCCCCAUUCAAACAUUCGUUUUAAGAAAAUUCUAAACUUGCUCGGACACAAUUUUAUGAGCAAUGUCCAAAUGGUCCCAAGAUAUUUUAAGCUGUAACGUCAAUGGAGUAGCGGACAGGGAGUGAUACCAAAAUGGAAAACUGCCUAUUUGACAGUGUUAACUCAAGUUCGUUUCAAAACAAUCUCAAAUAAAUCCAUGAGAAGGGUGCCACCAGGAUAGGGUUGUCACCAGAGCAGGUCUUACCACUGUCAACAGAACACAUUGUCACCAGAAAAAGAAGGUAGUCACCACAGCAGGUUGCCACUAGAGCAGACCGAUUCAGUGAGGUCCAUGGAAAGGUGUGAAAGUUGGGUUGGGUGGCACCAUGAGUUUACCACAUUGGGUAACACCACCCACCCCUAGAGAUGCAAACCGAUUUUUCAUCUUGUAGCCUCCUUCUCUUCUAGGUUCGACAUGCUUGGAUAUUGGCCAAUAUCGUUAGUGAGCAGAGGUGAUUUAGAUAUGAAUGUAUUCAUUCUUUUGGUUUUAAUAAAAUUCACAAAUGUAAAUUGAUUUCAUUUAAAUCUGAAAAUAUUUAUAACAAUAGCAACCUUAAUGGCAGAUAAUUAUCCAAUAAUCAUUAAUCUUUUUUAAGAUAUUUUUAUUUUGAUUUUAAGAAGCUUUUCAGGUAUAAUGAACUCCUCCCUCCUCCCAGGUAGUCCAAAUGCCGCCCCCCCCCCCACCCAUCUUCUGAGAAUUUUACACCUCCCACCCCCGACAUCCCACCCCACCCUGGUGGUGGUACCACCCUUUUUGAGAACCACCCUAGGUCCCUAUAUAUGGUCUAUAUAUUCCUAGUAUCUAGGUACAUUAUAUACUAUAAACUUUAUUAUUAUUACUUAUUCAAUUACUAUUAUAGUAUAGUAUGUGCCUCCUUAAAAGUAAUAAAUUAUAUAAGGAAUAAAAUAUAAAUAGGAUUUAUUUACAUUUUUUAGCAUUGGAAUAGUUGAUUAAAAUUAAAAAAAAAAAAAAAAAAAAAGGACUUGUGCUUGAUACGCCUAUUCCUGUAGUAGUAAAUGACAAUGAAAUAUUUGAUAUAGGCAUAGGCCUUAGUGAUUGGAUUUGUUAAGUGUGGACGAGUUGUGUAUUUUAAAUAUUCUUUAGGCCUAAUGAUGAAAAUUAAGCAUUUAUGUUGACAGCCUACAUAGGAUUAUUUUAUAAUAAUAAUAAAUAUGGAUGUAGGCACAUACCUAUGUAUAUCUAUAGGUCAUAGUUAUUAAGACAUAUUGAUAUAAAUUUUAACUAUAAAGAAAUUAAAAAGGCCUACUCAUUUAUUUUUAUUAAUUUACAAGAAGUAUCAGUAGGAGCCUAUUUACCUAUUUAAUUGUUAAAUAAUUGUUCAGUAUUAGGCCUAAUCAGUAAUCUAGGCCAACUCUACUCUUGAUUAUCAAUGACCAGUAUUAAAAAAUAUUGUUCACCUAGGCCUGAUACAAACUAAGUUUAUAUAUUUCUUAUAUUUUAACACAAUUGAUGACAAGGUUUAUGCCUAAUGUUUAAUAAAUUUGAUGUAGAGUUUUUCACCCAUUGUUGUAAUUAAUUCUUGCUGACCCAUAACUAGCAGCUUUUAAAAAAGUAUAUUUGUUUUCUGACAUAUACCCUCUCCCACCUAAAUAUACUCUCAACCCCAAAUUUCCUAGCCAUCCACAUCCAGUAUCCAUCCCUCUUACCCUUAUCCUCCCAUGACAUCCUCUACCACUGUCCCAAAAUCAAUGCCUUCUUUGGUUACCCCCAGCAAAAACCAGCCACACCGAACCCUUCACUCCUCUGCAAUUACACCAUCUCCUUACCCCAUUUUACUCCCAUGCAGACAUUUUUUUGUGUGUGUUAAAAAUGUUUGUUAAUUUAAAUGAAUGUAAUUGUGAGAAGGCUUUUCUAAUGGCUUGGCUAGUUAAGAAAUAACUUGAUUGGGUGCCAGUGAAUAUGGUUUUAACUUUCUUUCUACCAAAGUGUUCUAGUUAUUCAUAGGUUAUUUUUGUUGACCAAAUAGGAAGAAACACUUUCGUUUUUGACAUAAAUAAGGUUUUCAUUCAGAGUGUGCUGAUAAUUUAUCUGUUAAACAACGAAUAUUUAAACGGUUCAUUGUACGGUAACUUUCUUUUUUGUAAGUUGUACAUGGUUGCAGAAGUAAAUUUCAAAAUUUAUUCAAAAUAUCUGGAAUAUAUAUUAUAUAUACUUGGCUAGCAGGCUAUCAUCUCAACUAAGGUUGCUCUUUGACUUCCAAACUGGGAAGGAUUUUUCAUAAGCCUUUCCUCAGUGGCAGUAGGUUGCAAAUCUAAACAAUUAACCUCAUUUAACAACUGACACCAUAUCUAAUGGAAAUUUACCACUGACUAAGCCAUGUAGGUCUGCUUGGCCAACCUGUCACAUGCUCAGCAUUUUUUGCUUUUUUCAUACAUCCACAUUCAUUCUAUUCUUAACAAGCUUAUAUAAGUAGUAUAUUUAAGUUGUUAUUUCCUCUUCGGUAAUAUAUCUACAAGUAGGUUGUGCAGUCAAUUAAAAAUGAUUUAUAUUGUAGCUUAAUAAGCAAUAAUAUAUAGAAUGAAUUUGUUUGACCCAAAAUAUUAUAGAUUGGAAUAGGCCCUCAAGUUCUGAUGAAUUUGUUUCGCCCAAAAUAUUAUAGAUUGGAAUAGCCCCUCAAGUUCUGAUUCCCAGACCUGUUUACUCUUAUGAUUUUGGCGUACAAUGUACGAUUUUUAGGCGUAUAGGUUGUAUAUACUGUUUAUUUUGGUUACCUUUAUUUUUUACUAUAAAUAUAACGUAUUGAACGAUUUUGUGAUGAUAUUCUACGACUUUAAGAGUUUGAGGGUAAACAGGUCUGGAUUCCCAAUCUUGAGUUAAACAAAUUUCAUGAGUAAUAGUUGAAUAUAUUAUUAAGUGAACUGUUUAGGAAACAUAGUACCCAUACAGUAGCUAAAUAGUAUGUUGCAUUGUUAGGGCGUAUGUAUCAUAUCUAAAGUGCUUCAUUAUUUGACCAAUACUUCUUGUAUAUUUUGAAAAUAAAGGUUUUUAAGAACCUUCCUUUAAUGUGCCUACAUUGCCAAGAGAUCGAUUAAAUAUUGAUUUCUUGACUGUAACCAGCUGUAUGUUUGACAAUAUUGAGAAGUCAAUCCUAUUCUCUGGAAUGCAGGAAAGUGCAAACCGUAAAUAUCUUCAGCCAUGUGUCUUGAUGACAUAAUAAAUUUCCAUGUACGGGUACAUUAUAUAUUAGUUACAGAAUUCAAGUGUCAAUAAUCUUCUUCACAGAAGGGAAUUAUUUAGGUGACUCAUUUGCAUAGAUAAGCAAGGAAAUAAAAAAGACACAAGUAACUGGUUAUGUUGUAUAUACACCAUUUUUUUUAUUAGGGUAGAGCAUGUUGUAUAAUUUCUCUGUCCUGUUAUGCCAAUGGUAGAAUUUAAAAAAAAAUAGCUAUUUAAAUGUAGUCAUUUAUAUGCUGUAUCCCAUGCACACAAUUAAAUGUGAGGAUGUUCAUUUCAAUAUAUUUUUUAAAAAAUUGAAAUAAUUGUUGUUUGACUUAGCACCGCAUAUUUAUGGUUUUGUUAAUUUGUUUGAAAUAUAAUUUUUUUCCUCCACAGAGUUUUCCUGAUGUUUGACGCACGCUGGAGAUUUACCCCUAGCCCCCACAACAAAGCUAAUCAUCACUGGAGUGACCCAAAUCUUUCUUACUCUCUUUGGAUUUCCAACAACUCAAUGACUAAACUAUACUCUGAUCUCAACUAUAUCCACUGCUUGUACAUUGAUCAGUUUCAGAAUUUAUGUAGCAGGUUACAUAAGCUCUCUCUAGGUGUCUUUUUCAGAACUGUAGAAUUACUCGAAAAUAUUGGGUUGUCUGAAACCUUUCUAAGAUUUCGUAAAAAGCUGUUUGUAAAAUGUCCUUUAGAUACGAUGCGUCCAGUUUACAAAAUGAAAAGCUGCCCCCUUUUGGAUGCAGCACAAGUAUAUCCCUUGAUGGGCACCUGUCCAAAGCUGUUAACCAGAAAGAUGAAAAUCAGUGUGAUGGAUUGAACAUUGACUCCACCCCCAGUGAAACACAGAAGUUAGUUAAAAAUUAUGAUACAUUUAAAAUGCAAGAAAGUGAAGCCGGCUCAACAUCAGAAAUCAACCCGGAUACAUUUUAUAGCUGGCUGCGGCCACCGUUUGAUGAUUUGGCCAUCGGCAAGAAGUCUAAAAAUGGUGAAGGAAGCACAAGCUCCAGCAGUAGUUCAUCCCUGCCGGUGCCCACCCCACCUGAUGGGGGAUGGGGUUGGCUGGUUGUCAUGGGGGCUUUUUCUGUCAGUCUCAUCUGUGAUGGCCUUUCUUAUUGUUUUGGAGUUCUUUACGCAGAGCUCCUCGUCCAGUUUGAUGAGAGCCGCAGCAAAACCUCUCUAGUCGGAAGCAUUUUCUUUGGCGUGGCCAUGAUAUUAGGUCCUUUUUCUAGCGCACUUUGCACUCGGUUUGGCAGUAGAACAAUGACCAUAACUGGAGGCUUGCUGGCGUGUUUUGGCAUGAUCUUAAGUCAUUCUGCAACUUCCAUUGAAAUGCUGUGUUUUACAUUUAGUGUCAUUGUAGGAACCGGUUUCUCAUUUUGCUACAUCUCAAGUGUUGUCAUCGUAUCUUUCUACUUUGAAAAAAGACGGUCCCUUGCAACAGGUUUGGCUGUCUGCGGUACAGGUGUUGGCACUGUGACCUUCGCUCCACUAAUGGACUAUCUGAUUUCUGAAUACGGGAUGAGGGGACUGUUUUUGAUCAUGGCGGGGAUAAGUUUGAACCUUGUCGUCUGUGGCAUGCUGUUCCGACCGUUGCAGUUUACAGAAAGUGAGAGGUGGGAGAUGCUGCUGGAAGAGUUUAACAAAAUCCCUUACAGUCGUGAAAACAUCGAGCUGGGGAGGAGCAGGUAUCCCAGCGAAUCUAGCGAUCAAGACUCUGAUGAAGAUUUAGAAGAAGACAUUGAAGCAAGGACACUUUCAGUUCUGAGCCUACCGACGUUCGUCUCGGCCAAGCUGAUGGAUGUGCCCUCAGAUAUUCUAAUGGAAGCCUUAAAGAGCAGCAGAAACCCACAUCUGACUCUGCAGAGGUACAUGAAGAAUGCCAUGCUACAGAUCAAUCAUGUCAAUGAGCAAAAGGCACUUUUAAAAGAACAGGAGUCUCUUCUUGAUGGAAACACUUAUGCAAUAUCAGUUGAUGAAAGCACAGAUGACGCCAUCGAAAGUCUGCCUUCCUCUUUAAUAGAUGACACCAUUCUGAAAAUCGCUCAGUCUUCCAGUGUUCUGUUCAUCAACCAUUCCAAGAACACUUCUGAAGAUGUCAACGGAAAUCCCAAUAAACCAACAGCAAAAGUCCAUCUUGUGAAAGCACUGGGGCAACAUGGAACUGAUGAAGCGGAUUGGAAACUUAAAGAAACUACAGCAACCAAUCGAAAGGAACAGACUCAUCCAAACGUAAAAAGUCAAUCUAAAGGAAAAGAGGACAGUUCCACAAAGCAAUCUGAUGGCAAGCAACACGCCAUGCGUCCCUCUAUGCAAAAGGAUCGCCAGCUGCCCCACAGGAGAGAGUUCUCUGGGAUGAGCGGUAUGCUCACCGAUAAAGGCUGUGAGAAGGAAGGCGUUUCUGUAGUGAAGAGAGUUGGAGGUGUUCACAUCGGUCGUCACAAUGCCCUGGGUAUUCAUCUGCCCCUCUACAGAACUGAUAUUUUUUACAGGCGUCUCCUAAAAAAUAGUAACCUUCAAAAACAGUGCACCCUCGCCACCAGCUGUCCCGAGUUGCCCGAAACGGUUGUUGUUGAUUCUAAGAGAAGCUUUAUCUGCAGUGUGUGUGUUAACUUUUUUGAAGAAUCACUAGAUAUACUAAAGAGCAUGGUCGAAUUCAGGCUUUUCUGCAACCCGUUUUUCAUUGUCUUUGUGCUAUCCAAUUUUAUCUACUAUUUUUGGAGUGAUGUGCCCUACAUGUAUGCUGCAGACCAUGCUAUGGACAAUGGAGUUGACCCCCGCAGAGCAUCAUUUUUGUUGUCUAUCAUUGGCAUAUUCAAUACGGUCGGCCAGGUGGUCUUUGGGAUUGUUGGUGAUCUCAAUAUUAAUUUGCAAAAUGUGUAUGCAGUUGUGUCAGUCCUGGCAGGUGUAUUUGUGGCAAUAAUCCCGUUCAUGACCACCUAUGUCAACAUGUGUAUUGGGUACAGCCUCUUUGGAUUUUGUAUCAGCGUUAGCUUCCCUCUGACAACUGUCCUACUUAUCAGAUUCCUUGGGGUGUCCAAGCUGACCAACGCAUAUGGCCUUCUCAUGCUUAUGCAAGGUAUCGCCAAUUUUUUGGGACCACCAUUUGCUGGUAAGUCCAUAUAUUUUCUUUUGUUUCUUUACUUUCCCUCAGUCUUAUAAUUCUUCCCUCAGUCUUAUAAUUCUUCCCUUAAUCUUAUAAUUCUUCCCUCAGUCUAAUAAUUCUUCCCAUAGUCUUAUAAUUUUUCUCUGUCUUAUAAUUCUUACCUUAGUCUUAUAAUUCUUACCUUAGUCUUAUAAUUCUUCCCUUAGUCUUAUAAUUCUUCCUUAGUCUUAUACUUCUUUGCUUAAUCUUAUAAUUUACCCUUGGUCAUAUAAUUCUUCCCUUAGUCUUUUAGUUUUUCCCACGGUCUUAUACUUCUUCCUUUAAUCUUAUAAUUCUUCCCUUAAUCCCUUGCUUCUUUUAAAAUACCUUUUAUUGUCAGAAUGUUUAUCUUCAAGCUGUAGUUAUAAUUGUGUAGAUUCCAAUAAGGUUUUAUUGUCAGAAUGUUUAUCUUCAAGCUGUAGUUAUAAUUGUGUAGAUUUCAAGAUUGUUUUUAUUGAUGAUUUGAUGACAAAGAAUAAAGCUAAGAAUCUAUUGAUUGUUCUUGCCCUCUAGGUUGGAUAUCAGAUGUGACAGGCAACUACAACUCCACCUUCUACAUGAGUGGUUUCUUCUAUGCAGUGUCUGGACUCGUCUUGUUUCUUACAUACAUCCCAAAAUGUAGAGACUUCUCCAGAUCUAGAAGAAGCUCAUUUGAUAUUUCUUUUGAAAAUGAACCAUAAAGGAGGAGGCAAUAAUUAUAUGGAAGAUGCUGUAAGUUUAAAUAGUGAUAGCCAAGUACAUUAAAUAUAUGCUCCCAUCUUAGUUUAUUUAAUGUUUCAUUUUCACCCGGUCAAUUACUUAUUUCAGCAGGCCUGCUUUAUAACAUAGGGUUUCUCUAUUCAAUCGAAUUUAUGUAAUAAUUUGCAAGCAGGCCCUGGGGGAGAUUUUAUUGUAAAAUUGCACACAUUUUAUUUUUAUGAGCCUUUGUGUUCCUGUAUCGCCUUUUCAGACCAAUUCACGAUCUCUUCUGGCUUAAAAUACUUUUUAAACCAUGAAGGAUCUGCAGGAAUCACCUGCUUUACAAAAUGUAAAUAUGGCUCAUUCCCUAUAAUCAAGCUAAGAGUCGACAAAGACUCAUUUUUGUUAUUAUUUGGAGCACAUUAACUCCAAAACUGCUGAAGCAUUUUAAAACUGACUGGUGCAUGUUGUUUGAAGGAAAAUCAAUGAAUGGCUAAUUAGUUUGAGCUUCUCAAUGCUCAUCAAGAGUAAUGUGACUAUGAAUAAUUAAGUAUUGAUUGCUUCAUUAAACCUUCACGGCUUCUGGGAAAAGUGAAAUGUCAGCACAUUUUAUUUGACUUCUAAACCUUCUAAAAAGUUGAUGAGGAAGCAAUUCAUCUAUUGAACAAAUGUUUAGGGAAGAAAUUAAUCUAUUGAACAAAUGUUUAGGGAAGAAAUUAAUCUAUUGAACAAAUGUUUAGGGAAGAAAUUAAUCUAUUGAACAAUUGUUUCGGUGUUGAAAGAUAGAAAUGUGCACAUAACAAAAUAAACUUAGUUUAAAUCGUUUGCUUCAUAUUCAUAUGCUGUUCUCUACGUGUGUUCCAACUGAGGGUAUGUUGUAUAUAAGAGUAACCCACAAAGUCUGAUUAAAAAUGAAGGGAAACCCUUUUGUAAGACAUAAACUGUUGUCAAGAGCUGUGACUAAUAUUAACUUAAUGGAGUGGUUCAGGAAACCUUUUUCUGAUGCAUAAAUUAUUGUCAAGAUUUUUCACAGAUGUUGGCUUAAUAAAAUGGUUCAGCACUAAAUUGGAGACCAAUAAAAGAAUAGAAUAAGAUUUGAGAGAGUGCAUUCAAUAAACAUCAAUCCCAACACUUAAAACAGACUAGUCCAAACAUAAAAUAAGAUAAGAAUGAACUUUGUAAUGAUGAUCUAACUCAAAGUAGUUAUCACACAUUUGUCAAUUGCAAUGCAAGUCAACAGACCACAUUGGCUGAUAAUAGAAGACGAACAAUAUGUGUAAAUAAUUAAACAUAAAGUAUGAUUAGACAAAAUACAGGUUCAAAUGUUUCGGCCCCCAUCGGUACAAAAAACAACAACCAUUAGUGUCAUUAUAAAUUAAAUUGACACAAUAUAUUCAACCUAUACCUAAAAAGAAAAGAAUGAGAAUGGGCACAAGUCCCUAAAGAAAACAAAGUACAGUAGCUAAUAAUACUGGAGCUUCAGAGAUGGGCAAAUUUUAAUAUGUCUUAGCUUGCUUACAUUUUUUUUAACCUUAUUUAUCAGUUGGCUAUUUCCCAAGCUGGCCUAGAUAUUUCUGUCAAAUUGCCAUCAUAAUGCACUUCAUGCACUGUUUGGAUAUGCAAGUCUCACCUUCUUCCAUUUUCAGUUGGCCAAUUACCUAGUGAUGUAUGUCUUAUUACUUUCAUAAUCUUUCUGUUGAUUUGGGGGUACACAAAAGAGCAAAAAUGGGUGAUUGAAGGUUGACUGAUGCUGUUGCCAGACUUUAUUAUUCAAUCAGUGGCUCCCAACUGCAUAAUUAUGGGGUCCUUGGACAUGAAAUCUUUUGUUAAAAUUGCCUCUCCUUUUUGCCAUUAUUGAGAAAGAAUUUUUCAGUAAUUCUAAGGACUAGACUCAUGUGUACUAUGUAUUACAGGACAUAUUUUGGUCUUUUAAGAAAGUAGUCACAAAUUGGUUGAUCUUUGUAUAUCAGCGAGUGCCCGGUACUUAAAUAGAGCAAUUUAAACUUCAGUGUUAUUUUAAACUUGAAAUAGUGAAUAUAUUGAGUAUUUUUGCUAUUAUAAAAAUAAAAUUGUAAUUGGGUAAGGCACUCCAGUCCAACUACUGCUAUAAAUCAACUAAUUGCCUGUACAAUGGCAGAAUCACCGUCAGAGAUGGAACUUUGUUAGGUAGAUUCAAAAUAAGAUUCGUUUUUUCAUAUUUAUAAGACUGGCUGAGAUAUGUCAGUUUAAUUGUAUUUCUAUAACAGGGCUGUAAAAGUUUAAGAUUAUUGGACUAGUUAAUAUUUUGUAAGGCUAGAUAUAGUAGAGUUAACACUGACAGAAAAUAUUUUGUAAGGCUAGAGAUAGUAGAGUUGGCACUGACAGAUAUUAUUUCGUCAGGCUAGUGAUAGUUGGCACAGACAGACAUUAUUUGGUAUUUAUGGCCAUUUUUACGAGUUGAUUGGGGAAGUAAAUGUGCCAACCCUUUUAAAAGUACACUGUACUUAAGGAUGACAGAUGAACAAAGCCCAUAAAUAAAUUGAAAUGACAUUGUGUUACAAAUAUAUUCUUUCAUAGAACAAAGAAAUUAUGAAAGUCUUAAAACGGGACAUUGUCUUUUUAUAUUAUAAAUUGUCCUUGAUUCUAUGUGAAAAUUAAAACCCCACUCAGUAUACCCGGUACUCUUUUUGAAUGUGUUUCUUUGCUUGUUAGAUUUAAUGUUCAUGUCUUUAGGGUUAGUUAUAAAUAUUGGAGACUUGAAGUUGAGGCUUUUAAUGUCUCGUUCAGCCCUCCAUUUGACAGAGAUGAGAAUUCUGAUAAUGUUACUAUUGCUCUUAAAACAGACACCUGUUUUCUGGACGUAUUUAUUUAUUCACUGCUGGCAUAGCUUCAACUCAAUUGGGAAACAGGGAUGUUUGGCUCAACUCCAAGAUUCUAUGUUGCAACCAUUUUAUUGAUUGUGGUAUAUGUUCCGCCAGAGUGAAAAAAAUCAAUAGUCUGUGUUCUGAUCUGGUUUGUGCAAACACUAUAUGCCUACAGUCUGAUCUGGUUUGUGCAAACACUAUAUGCCUACAGUCUGAUUUUAAAUGAGAUAGUUUUCAAGAAUUGUUUUUUUUUCCUCUUCAUUCAGCUCCAAACUCUUUCUACCGUACUUCUGAGAUGCUAAUCACCAAUGUCCAACAUUUGUUUGAUGCACUGUUUAAAUUCUGUAGGCUUUAUGAACUGAAAGAAUAAUUUCUACUUUGUCAGCUUAAUUUUCACAUUUGUAAAAAAAAAAAAAAAAGUUAAUCAAGCACCAGUCACACACCCUGACAUUUGAAUCCAGUCACACACCCUGAAAUUUGAAUCCAGUCACACACCCUGACAUUUGAAUCCAGUCACACACCCUGACAUUUGAAUCCACUUCUCUCAUCAUCAAUAAUGCAAAGGGGGAAAUUGUACAACAUGAUGUUUUGAUUAGACACUGACUCUCUGUGUAGACACUGACUCUCUGUGUAAAUACUGACACUGUCUAGACACUGACUCUCUGUGUAAGUACUGACACUAUAUAGACACUGACACUUUGUGUAGACACUGACUCUUUUCUUGACCCUUGGUGUAAAUACUGACACAGGGAAAAUUAUGAACAUGAAUAGACUGCUCAACUUGACCUUUCACUUACCCUAGAUCACCUUUGUGCAGAUUCUUUGUCUUUCUAAUGGUGAAAGAACAAAUACUUAAUACUUGCUUAGCAUUGUCUGCCUACACAAGUUGAUAUUGAUCUCUUCUAUAAAGUCCUAAUUUUUUCACUCUUCAAAUGAGGUCAAACUAUCAGUUGUUGUGACUUACUUCUGAUUUAUUAGAGCUACAUAUUCCUAGUUCUCACACCACAACCUCACCAGUGCCAGGCUUUGCCUCCACUAAAAUUUUUUGGCACUGAGACAAAUUUACCAAUAAUAAUUUUUAAUAAGACAAAGAACCAUCAAUAAAAUAUUAAAUUUUUACAGUGUUAUAUCAGAGUUAAGCAGUUUUUUUUGUCUACUCUCAAGAAAUUUGUAGAUGUAUAACAUUUUAGUAGUUAAUUAUUUGUAUUUUUAAAUAAAAUUGUGUGUGUGUAUUAAAUAAAAAAAAAUGUGUGAAGUUUAUAAAAUAAUUUAUUCAUAUUUCCCCAAGAAAAAUUAAAUCUUGUGUUGUCACUUUUUCUUAAAUUUUGAAAUAUGUUUUGUAUUUUAUGCUUUUCUCAUUUUUCUUUUCAAUCAUCACAUCAGUAUCUCCUACUGUGAUCUCUCUUGGGUUUUUUUUUUAAAAAAAUCCCCCCCCCCCCCCCCCAACAAAAUUGUAACAUGUUGGAAAAAAAAAAGUUCUUAUAUAAAUAUCAAAGAUCUCACAUGAGGGAGUGGGGGACAGCAUGAUUUUAAAAAAUUCUUUAUAUUAACUCCGCUUUUGUUUGUGUGUUUGUGGCAAAAUGUUGGGAAAGCUAAGUUACCCACUUCCCAUCAUCCUAUCAAGGUGAAACUUGGCACAUAGUCGCAUUGCUGAUAACACAUUCUAUUACAUUUUCAGCCCCACCCUCAGCCCCACCCCCAGCAAUCCAUUUUUCCUGUUUUCAAGGGGAACAUGAAUGAAAUAUGAUUAGUUCAAUGGGUGCGUGUUUUAGUGUGGAGAUUGUGUUUAGCUGUUGAUAUGGGCUUUGUAUUUGUGACUUAUUUGGGUUAUGCAAUAAUAAUAAAAAUAAAAUGUAUUUUUGAAGGUUAAAAUGAAGGAAAUAUGUUUUUUCUAGAAUUUUACCCAUUUCCAUAACCGCUUCUUAAGAAAUGAUAAAUCAGGUAAACACUAGACAAAACGCACAUAAAGGAUUUGUACGAGAAACUUUGUUUUAAAGGGGUUGUUUGAUUGGAGCUUAAAGAGUUAAUAUAACUGCUAUUCAGCCUCAAGAUUUAAAAUAUGAGGAAUGUGUGACAUGGGGGGAGGGGGGGUUAUGAAAAUAAAUUGCUUUAACUCUCAAAAGGCCUCCAUUUGUUUCUGCAUUUAAACAUUUUAUUUACAAAGACCUUAGUGACGUGAGAAGUAAUACUGUAGUUAGGGCAGAUGGUUUUUUUGCUGUUGGGGAUACUAUUUUUUUCCUCAUAUUUUGAUUUUCCCUAUUACUAUAAGAGGUCAGAUUUGAUCCCAGGUGAGCUUGCGUUUUCUGUUCGUCUGCCAUUAGUAGUGUGACUUUUGCAGGUACUCAUUGACUCAAAUGACCCCCUGUGAAUUGAAACAGGAUGAUAGGCACAGAGCAGAUAAUGAAGUUGGCCUAUGUGGUUCAGGAAAUGAAAAAGAUGCUGUGGAGGAAGAUCGUGAUGAUGAUAUUGAUUUAGUAUAGGAUGUUGCAUUUAAUAGUGAUGAUAUUUUAAGGAAUGGUAAAUUUUGCUGCUGUAAAUGCCCGCAACAUGAGCAAAGAUCAGUUAUGUUGAAUUGUAAACUCUAAAAUCGAUUGGAUCACCUAAAUAGCAGGGUAUAUUGAACAAAGUUGGGAUUCAUAGAACAUAUAACAUAGAUUCCAGUCAUGUCAUUGUUGCAUGUGAAUGCCAUUUUUACCAUUUCAAACUACUUUUGAAAGAAGCCAUUAUUUUGGUUUUAAAAUAGAUUAAAUCAGAGGUCAUGAUUGGCAUUUUUAUGGUGGGGUCAAAUGCGAACCCAGGUGGCCUUCUGCAUCCAAAUGGCUAAGGUGACCUUUUGAGGGUCAAGGCUAAAAAUAGGUUGCAAUUUAAUUAUGGUGAAGUGAAUGUAGUUUCUUUAUGUGUGUUUUUUUUUUUUUUGUUGUAAAAAAAAUGAUAGCUCACUAAUUACUAUGUUGCUUAUUGAUAUGCCCGUAACCUUGACUGCAAGUAAGAUGUGGAAAUGUGCUGUUUGAUCUUAUCAUUCUUCUUGUACAGAAUCGUCUUCCACAUUGUUAAAGUUAUCGAUAAGAUCCUUACAAUGUCUUUUACUAGAAAAAAUUUUCUUGCCAGAUACUUUAAUUCACUUUUACUGUGUUCUCUUUAUUUCACUGUUAAAAACAUACUUUUUUCUACUUGCUUUGCAGAAAAUAAUAUCUGCAGGUAGUCAAACAAUGCAAUGAGAACAAGAAGAAUCGCUAAUAUCUGCAGGUAGUCAAACAAUGCAAGGAGAACAAGAAGAAUCACUAAUAUCUGCAGGUAGUCAAACAAUGCAAUGAGAACAAGAAGAAUCAGUUUAUUUAGGAAUUCAUUGGCAUCAUCAGGAUUUGUGAACUUAAUGUUUCAUUAUAUCAAGCACAUGUCAAGUGGUGAGUGAUGAACUUUUGAACUGACUAAAUACACAUACAGUAUGCACAUAUGAAAGCACAUAAAAAAUGGAUUUCAAAUACCCUUACAUUAGUCAAACACAAAACUAGUAUAUAUUGAACUUAUGCUUUUAAAGUAUUUUUUCUUUGCAUUUGUCUUUCUAUUAUCUGUAGUCAGGGCAAUUAUUUAGCCCUACCUUAUACAUUUUAUAUACUGGUGUUAAUGGAUUUAACAAAAAAAUUGUGGUAUAUUUAUUUGCCAUGCAUAUGUGGUUGUGCAGGGAUAUAUUUUUGAGUCUGCAAUUUUUUUUUUUUCCCCAAAAAUUUAUUUUUCUUAAUUUAUUUCAACAAUUGUAUUUAAUAUGUUUAAUCAAACUCUUGUUUUGUUAUUGUUCAAUCAAAUGAAGCCACUUGAAUGUUAACAUGGUCAGAUUUGCGGCCCAUGCCACCAUCCUCCAAAAUGUAGGAUUAAAUGUUUUUUAACAUUGAAGAGGGCAAUCUUUUGUUGUGGAUGUAUUGAUAUUGCUAAAUGUGGCACAACUAUUAAAUCCUCACAUUAUAUAUCUAAACAAAAUUUUGAAGAGUCGGGCCAAACCAUUGGACAUGUUAAAUGAGUAGAACAGUAAGUCUUUGUAUUGUUUUAUGGUGGGGAAAACUGUACUCAUCUUAAGAAAAAAUAAAUUGGUGCAUAAUUAAGUUGUAAAAUACUUUUGACUUAUUUUUACAACUUUAUAUACCAUAAAAUACAUUGAACUGAUCGUUAGCACAAGACUUAUUUGUAAAAAUUUAUAUGCUGUACGUUAACACAAGAGUACCUGUUAUUUUUCACUUUGCCAGAUUUAUUGCAUUUAAUUGAAGAUCUACUUUGAGUUAAUGUUUAUUUGAAUUCAGUUAACAAUAACUAUUUAACUUUCUUUCCUUCAACAAUUUCUUAAGACUAACAAAAGAUAGCAGGUUUUUUUAAGUUUUUCUUUGUUUAUAAAUCAAUUUUAUAUAACUUUAUUUUUAAUUUCUGUGUCCCAAAUUCAAGGUUAAAUAUUAAAAUUAAAUUGCUUUUUCUUCAACGUAAUGCUAAAGUUAUUGUUUUAAAUUACAGAAUCUAGACAUUCAGAAUAUCAUAAUUUUGUCUGUUGCUAGUGAAAGAGAUGAAGAAGGCACAUGCACAUUUACCUGAUACCGUUGUUCUAUUACAGCUGCAUUGAUCAAAGUUGUUUUCAUAGCUAUUCCUCUUACACUUUAUUGUAAAAUAUAAAUCUGAUAUACUUUUUGUGGUUUCAAAAGUAAAAUCAUUGUGCCAUGAAAGUGAUAAAAAAUGUUGAUCAAUAUUGUUUGAGGUGAACACAAAAUGAUUGUCCCAUGAAUGAAAUACUUUUUAUGUUACACUGUUGGUUCUUAGUUAUCCAAUGUUUACAAAUUUCAUGGUUCAACAUGGAAUACUGUUGUUUUUAAUGUCUUUCUGUCUUGCACUAUAUUGCACUGUUGAUUAAAUUGUGGUUACAUUUGAGUCAAUUGUGGCCAUGUGUUAAAAGUUUUAUAAUGCACUUCUGGAAUAAGAUUUCAUGAGUUGAAAAUUGGUUUCAUUAAUUUCAUGAAAAUACAUUCUACUAAUACAGUUUUUUUAAAACAUUUAUUAUGAGUACUAAAAUUACUUGAACAAUUUAUAUUUGAUUGUACAUAAACUAUUUUUGAUUUAUGUGUCUGGCUAUAAAUGCUGAGGUUCAUGUUAACUUCUGUUGAGAUCCUGUGGUUAAUGGAGGAUACAAUGUACAAAUCAUCACAAGAAGAUUAAGUAAAUACUUGUUUUCUGAACAGUCCUGGCGUUUUCCCCUUAUGGUACUAAAAUUUCUUUCAAAGAUUUUAAUAUUUUAUGUGUGAAAAAAUUCUUUAAAAAUUAAUAGAUACUCUAAAAGUCAAAGUGAAUUAAAACGCUUGUGAUAAUUAAAACAGAAGCAUUAAAAAAGGAAAAUUAGCAUAUUUAAAAAAUGAGUGCAUGUCAUUAUUGACAUUUUCAAUGCUCUAACAUUAACCUUGUCUUAUAAGGAAGUUUAGAAGUAAAUAAUUUCCACAUUCUAAACAUAUGUCAUAUGCAAAAAAAAUUUGUUUUAAAUGCAUCUUAUGUCUUACAUAUCAUACCGGUAUCUGAAGCUCAUUUAACAUUCCUGACCCAAGUUUUCAAUUCAAAAUAUUUACUUAAAAGUACUUUACUCAUUUUUAACAAAAUUAUUGAAUCCAAUUUUGUUACAACACUGUGAAUAUGUAUUGCAUGUUGUAAUCAUGGUCUAAGGGUGCAAGUUGGCUACAAGAAUGUGUCUAGGGAAGAAUGACCCUAGGGAAGAUCAACACUUGUAUCUUAUACAAAGUAAACAUGGAUGAAUCAUGGUUUCCCAACUAAGUGAUUGUAUAUAGUGAUGUAUUUACCUCUCAUGCUAAUAUUUUUGCUCUGGUUAGAUCCAGUAAUGACAGCAUUAGUUUUACCAAUCAUUACUGCCUAUAUUUCCUAGUAUUUUACCUAUGCAUGGAUUAACACUGGAAAACAAGAAAAGCGUUGUACAUUUUUUUAGACUGCUUGAAAGCAAUAUAAAAUCACAUGUAAUUUUUGGCAUGCCUCCAUGCUGUUUAAUUUUUUUUAAACUUCAAUUUCUUAAAUUAUUAAUGUUAAUAUAUUUAUAAAUUUAUAAGUUCUGUGAACUGGAAAGCAUCUGAACUGUGUGACUUUGUACAGUGGAGUCUUGGCGUCUAAACAGUUUUACAUUUGAUAAAAGAAAUUUUUGUUAUCCAAAGAUAUUGGUAGGUUCGAGGCUAUAGGAAAGUUCAUUUUAUUAAGCACAAAAGAAAAUGUUUUAAAAUGCCCCAGUUGAACAACUUUUUAUUGCUCAGGAUGAAGUACAAUUUUUAGAUAAGUAGGCUGGUGGUGAGAGGCAAGGGAAGUAGGCUGGUGGAAAGAGGCAAGGGAAGUAGGCUGGUGGUGAGGGAAAGAGGAGUAGGCUGGUGGUGAGAGGCAAUAGGAGUAGGCUGAUGGCAAGAGUAGACUGGUGGUGAGAGGCAAGAGAAGUAGGCUGAUGGCAAGAGGCAAGGGAAAUAGGCUGGUGGUGAGGGAAAGAGGAGUAGGCUGGUGGUUUUAAAAGGUACAACUACAGCAAUAAUAAACCAUAAACAAUAGCCCUUUAACUUUCAUACGUUUGGCCCGAAAAAAAUGUGAGGACCCUUGAUAUAAAAUAGAAGUAUAUGCGAGAAAGUGUAUAGAAGAUCAAUGCAGACUUUGUCUUUGAGGAGAAACUACAGUACACUUUCUAUACUAUAAUGUAUAUCUUCACUAUUCAUAAUCUACAGUUACAAUAUUAUUAAUUUGCACUUUCCCCCCAAAAAAUCAACUCCAUUGUAUUUGCAGAUUUUUAAUAAAUUUGUUGAAAUUUUCAUUUUCAAAUAGCCUACAGAAUAGAAGAUUAAAAAAAAAUCUUUUCAAUGAUUUGUUUGUUCAUCUAACAGUCUGCUCAAGAUAAUUUUCGUUUAUUAAAUGGAACAGUUUAUUAGUUGGCAACCCAUUAAAACAAAGUACUACCUGAAAGAGUUCAAUCUUUGUGUUAUUUCAUAUACAUCUCUUCAUUUGCAAUGUUAUUGUUAGUUAUUAUAUUAAUGGAGUUAUGGACUCUUCUUUCAUUAUACAUUUUCUCUAAUUAAAAUAAUUAAUGAAAUAAAAAUAAUUUUUGCUAUACUUUUUCAUGCACUUAAAAAAAACAAAAAACUAUUUCUUAAGACUCACUGUUCAAAUUUUUUAAUGGUGUUCAUUUAUUUUGUAGUACAACAUGUUAUUCAGAUUUCAAUACAUUAGGUUGAU